AGGAAGAAAAUACACCAGCCAAAAUCCACCGUGAUUUCCCACCGUCGCGGCGUUUUUCCCCACGCCACCGUCGCUCCACGCCGCCCCGGCGUCGCCGCCUCCACCCGUUCGCCCCCGGUAACACCCUGCUUUUAUCCUACCCCCUCCCCGGCAGCGCAUCACGAUUCACGCCCGCUGCCUCUUGCGUUACGCCUCGUCGCCCCCCAUCCUAUCUCCAGUCGCCCGCCGCCCCGCCGCCCGAAGCACGGAUGGUGGGGGACCUGUCCCUCCUCGCCGUCGCCGCCGCCUCCCCCGUCGUCCUCCCACCGUCCAAGGAGCUCCAUGGAGUGCUGCCGUUCCAGGGGAAGAGGCCGCACGACGCUGCCGCGGCCGCGGUGCAGCUCUGCGCGCCGCUGCAGCAGCAGCAGCAGCAUCCGCAUCACCAUCUCGAGGGUCUGCCCGUGCAGAUGAUGAUGCCCUGCGGCAAUCAGGCCCAGGCCGUGCCUGCCGCCUACCAGGCCUUCGCCAUGCCCGACACGGCCACGCUCAUCGACGUGCAAGAUUCCCACCCUGAUUCAGUUCGACUUAGCCUUGGGAUUGCUGAGCAAUGUGCAAGGCAAGAGAAAAUCCUCAAGUUUCUGAUGUCAGUGACGUCAGGGUCUGACGUGAAAGAACUUGAUGAAUCCUUGCUAUCUGAAUUCACUGGCCAACAGACUCUACCAAUUAACUUGGGAAAUCAACCAUAUAUACCGGAUGAUAAGUUAACUAUCUGUGAGUUUGGAUUGGAAUUGGAUGAGCCCCAACAGUAUCUGCCAGAGAAACAACUUGUCAUCCCUGAUCCUCUUCUGGACUUUGUUCAGUCCUAUGGCUCUGCUCUUACUAUCGAUCAAAAUGGCCGAAUCCUAUUUGCCGGCCAUGGAGAUGAGAUGAGAGACUUGUUAUCACUUUUUCUAGAGUUCAACAUGUCUAAACGAGAAACAAGUGGCUGCAAGACUGCAUUUCUAGUUCCAUACUUUGAGAGGAAAAAGCGUUCUCGGGCUAACAGCCAAGUAUCCAAUACAAAUUUAGCAAGCAUGGCAACCGAUAUUUCAAAAAGCGCUGAUGUGAAGUCAAAAUCUUCAUCAAAGAAGAAACAGAGAGGGAAAAACAUCAAAGAACGUGAAUUGCAUCAGAGAAACUAUAUACAUGCUAGCGAGGCAUUUCUAUCCAUCCUGCUGGACAAGGACAAAAGCAGCUCGACAAUUCUCUCACUGAAAAAGGCUGGUCCAGAGAUCAAUGAACUUUUGACUCAGUGUUCUGUUGGCAUAGCUGGAACUGGCUUGGCUAUUCUUCUGUCAGUUAUGUGCAAGAUGGCUACCGGCAUGAGAACUCCUUUUGCUUCAGCUCGACUGCUGAGCACCAGUGUUGGAUUUGGGCUCUUUUGGCUCUCCUGGGCAGUCAAUGGUUUGCGUGACACCAUUGCCAGCAUUUUCAGAAGCCCAAGUAACAUUAAUAUGGAGGAGGAUGAGGUAGCAGUGAGAAUACAGAAAAGCAUGAAUGAAAUUCUCUUCAGAGCCAUAACUCUCUUGGCCAUCACUGCAUUGAAGUUUGCAUGAGCUGCUACCUUUGUUAGUUUUCCCCUACCCAGCCAUGAUGUAUAAUCCACCAUUUUGGCUCAGGAGUUCUGCUUCUGUAGGACUAAGUUCACCAUCCUUUUUGGUUCAGGAGUACUGCUUCUGUAGGACUAAGUUCCAACUGUCCAAAUCAUGAUUCUAGUUUCUUAUUGAUCCUGUAGAAAGUGAGCUAAGUUGUAAAUUGUACAGAAUUUUGCAUGGAGUGGUGUAUAUGAAAGAUGAAAUUUGCUUAUCUCUGUGAACGUUGAAUAAUUUAAUGUCCAGAGAUUAUACAUAUUUCUAUCUAGCAGUUUUGUCCCAA